AGAAAGUUUGUGGGUCAAACAUUUACUUUCUCUUUGAAGAAAUGAUUGUCAUUUUUUUAAAAAUCAGUUAGUUCUACUGUUAUUCUCAAGCAGUAUAAAACUCCUUACAAUGAAUAGUUUACCUAAGUAUAAAUUUUUGAAUGAAAAAAAAACGAAAGAGAUGUUGGAAAAAUUCACAGGGGAACGAACUGGAUGGGUGCAAGUUGGUGAAAAAAAUUGGUUCUUUCCUCAUCGUUAUACUGAGCAAGGAGAAGGAUUUUAUAAUUUCAAAGCUAGACCGGAUGACACUUGGGUGAUUACUUAUCCCAGAUCAGGAACCACAUGGACUCAAGAACUUGUCUGGUUAUUGAGUAAUAAUUUGGACUUUGAUACCGCACGCAAAAAAUUAUUGGCUGAGCGUUUUCCAUUUCUUGAAUUUAGUAUGUUUAAUCACCCGGAAGUUACGCAAGAAUUUAUAAAAUUAAAUGAGGGUGAUUUAGAAAAACAAGAGUUAUGUAAAAAAAUUUCAUUGCCUGGAUAUAAAGUCUUGAGCGAACUGCCAUCGCCUCGAUUUAUAAAAUCACAUUUUCCACUGAGUUUAUUGCCCGGAAUAUUAGACGUCGGUUGUAAAAUAAUUUAUGUCGCCCGCAACCCUAAGGAUGUUGCUGUCUCUUGGUACCAUUUGAACCGAGCUAUAAAAACUCAAGGGUAUCAAGGAAAUUUCGAAGAGUUUUGGAAUUAUUUUCAAGACAAUCUAACACCCUGGAGUCCUUACUGGGAACAUUUGAAAGAAGCCUGGGCUCAACGAGACCAUCCAAAUUUAUUCUUUAUAUUUUACGAAGAAAUGCAACAGGACUUUUAUAAAACCGCGGAUCGAGUCGCGGAAUUCCUUGGCAAGUCUUACAGCGAUAAAGAAAUGUAUAAAUUAUCAGAAUACCUUAAUAUAAAAAAUUUCCGUAACAAUCCGAUGGUAAAUUCUUCAGAAUUACGUGAUUGUCAUAUAAUAGAUGAUGAAAGUUUUGUUAGAAAUGGGCAAAGUGGCGUAUGGAGUAACACAUUCAGUCUGAAGCUUGAAGCUAAAGCAGACGAGUGGAUAAAAAAAAAUUUACAAGAUACAGAUCUUACUUUUCCUUAUUUUAAUAAUAAUGACAUUUCUCAAAUAAUUAAGACAUAAUUAUACUUCGUAAUUUUAUUAAUAAAAAUUAUUCAAUAAUUAUAAUAUA